AUGAAUUCACCAACACCAUCAUCAAUAGCAACAAGUGGAGGUGCAGGUGUUAGUGGUGGUGGUGGUGGUAGUGGAUCAACAAAUUUUGAUAUUGAUUUUAAUGAAUCAAUUUUACAAGUUCAUAAACGUUCACCACUUUAUAUUAUUGGUGAUCGUGCUCAACAUCGUGUAAGUUUAUAUUAGUAAAGCCAAGACUCUUUUCAAGUGUGAAAUUAUUUUUUCGAUCAAGAUGAUGAAUAAUAGAAAAAUCUAGAUUGAUUUCAUUUUCUGAGCCAUCGACUUCAAUGAUGACAGCGGCAGAUUUUCAGUCGCGAUAAGCAUCUCUGAUGGUGAUUAUAAAGGUUUGACCAGAGGACGAGACAUAUGUAUUUUAGAUUCAAAUUGUUUUGCUUGUACUAUUCUCUAUAAAUUUUGCCGAAGUAGUUGCUUGUAGAAUAGCAUGAAUAUAUUGUAGCCGAUAAUGAGCAUGUUAUCAGUAUUUCUAAGAGAACUCUAAAACAAAAAAAAAGUCAAAUGACAUUUUGUUUUUGUCAUUAAAGUGUAAAAUGAUACUGUGUUUUUGUUUAACAAAAUUUACAAGGUAUGAAUCGUUAGAAUUAGAUUAAAAAAGAGAAAUAUUUAUGAUAAUAAUUUGUUUUCAUAAUUAAAGUGUAAAAUAGAAUGUCAAACGAAUAUCACAAGGUUCUUGAACAUUUUGUCAUCAUGAUAGAUCACUGUGUUUCCUAAUAGGAAAUAUUAGAAAAAUGACAAUUUAUCCAAUGAACUGAGAAAUUUGUUCGUGAAAAGUUGAUUUUCUAUUACUCGUCUCGAUCGAAAAGUGAUUUGACAUUGGGAGAACUUUUUUUAUUAGCGAUAGUUAUGUUUACUCUUGUAGUUGAAUGAGAUUUUAAUUUGUAAUAAUGAUUGAAUAUUAUUUACGAGGGAAUCUGUUCUAAGAGAUUCAGAUGCAUAGAACUUCUUUUUAUAGAGUGACGAUCAUUUUAAGAACGGACUUUUGUAAGAUAAUUUUAAUCGGAUAAAAGAAAUAAUCAUUUAUGUUCAUGUGUACAUCUUUUAUUCAGUUUACAAAAGAAUUUC